CACCCGCCCUAGUUCCGGUCGGGGGGACGUUUACCCACGUAUGUCCUUCCAUAAGCCAUUGCAAGAAUGUAUCAACGCUCCUGGGAGUGACUUUCUACACCAAACCAAACUUCCUGUUGUUCACUAAUGCCACAAAUUAUACAAAGUACGGUGAAAAAUUAUCAGUCGACUACAAGAACAGACUGUCUGCAGAGUACAGGCAUCCUAACAGUGUGUUAUAUAUACGGAAUAUAAGCUGCUCGGAUCAGAAACUUUAUAACUGCAGCGUACAUUGCAUAGGAAAACCAUUUCGCACUUUUACUGAAGAUUUGGAAGUUUUAGUUGACUCCGGUCCGCCGUCCAUAAAUAUGAACGUUCUACACGAUUCAUCUGGUUUGGUGGAAAUCCGUUGCUAUGCAAAACUUGGCAAGCCCCGCAAAACCAUUGAGUUACUUCCAGAUGCCACAGGGGUCAACAAUUCUACGUUCGACAAUUGCAGCGAAUAUGGUGAAAGAAAAGUAAACGUUACGCUGAAGGCAGAAGAUGAUGGGAAAACUUUUAUAUGCCGAGUGGAAAAUAGAUCGGAUUCCGUAACAUUUAUUGCAGCAAAAAUUCCUCGAAUAAGUCUGAUCAUCAAGAGUGGUAACAUAACACAUUCUUCACGUGUUAUCCGUAUGGCGGAGCGAUCUUCUGUUGUACUAAAUUGUUCAUCGGAAGGGCAUCCGCGGCCUUUUUACACAUGGAGAUUCGUGUCGACUGCGUCCAGCAGGGAAAAAACUGAAAUGGGGAGUUCCUUGGAGCUAAAGCAUAGUCCCAGUGGAGGUAAUGGCACCUGGAUAUGCCAAGCAUAUAAUUCAGCCGUCGUUCACCGACCAACAGCCUCCAUAAGGAUUGAAAUGUUACCCGUACACCGGUCGCCAGAAAUGGUCACCGCCUUUCUGCCUACGUCGGUUAUACUGAUAAUAGUAUGCAGCGUAUUCGCUAGUGUCGGCGGCAUUGUCAUCUUCAUAAUCCGUGCGUGGGUUAGACGCACAAACUAUUACGAAUCUACAGCGCAUGAAGAGGUGUCGUUGAACCCAAUGACCAGUAUACAUGGACCCGACGAAGAGAUAAACAACAUUCAAACUGACGAUGAAGGAGAGGCUGAAAAUUACCUAACUCCUGUACCCAGGAGACCCAUCCUCGGCGCUUCGGAUACCCCUGUAGAGCAAGGCGUUGAUAGGCGAGACCCGCCAUGCCGACAAGUUUCCAUUAUGGAAGAGAUUGGGAGCGGGCACUUCAGUACAGUUCACAGGGCAAACUUGACAACAACCACCGGCCAAGUUGUUCUCGUGGCAGCAAAAUUAUGCAGAGGUGGUGCAUAUGAAAAAAGGGAAUUUGAACGAGAAGCCGAAAUUAUGAAGACAGUCUCCAAACACCCAAACGUUGUGGAAUAUCUGGGCUAUGCAGAAUCGUCGGGUACAUCAGUUCUCCUCCUUGAAUUCGCCACUUGUGGUGAUCUGCUCCAUUUACUGCGGAACAGUCGUGAUGUUGGCUGCUCACUACAUCCGGGCAGUACAAAGCUGUCACUAACAGAUCUUAUUUCGUUUUCUCUUCAAGUCGCAAAAGGAAUGGAACACAUAUCUAAGCUAAACUUGCUGCACCGAGAUCUUGCUGCACGGAACGUCCUCAUGUUUGACAACAGAGUGUGUAAGAUAUCUGACUUUGGACUGGCUAGGAAUAUAGCAGAGAGCAGACAGUAUGAGAGGCAGACCUCUGGUCCACUUCCGGUCAGAUGGAUGGCCCCUGAGUCGCUUGCGGACAACAUAUACACUACUAGAAGCGAUGUUUGGUCCUAUGGUGUUUUGAUGUGGGAGAUUUUCGCACUUGGGAGAGCACCCUAUGCUGGAUUUAGCGGUGCACAGACUUUGGAGUUUGUUAUAGCUGGCCGUACCUCUCAAUACUUACGUAGACCAAGCUGCUGCAGUCCUGAUAUAUACAGAGUGAUGCAGCGCUGUUGGGCUGUGGAACCAGGAGCACGACCGAAUUUUCGGGCGCUAGCGAAAACUAUAUUCGCCAUUUCCAUCAGUACAAGUCACGUAUGACUGCUAAGGGAGGAGGUUUGGGAAACGCACAGAGUAGUGGGUAAAACAUGCAAGAAACAUAUACCCGUAAGCCUAUAUCAUAAACUGUCAUUUUUCAGGCUAGAUUGGCCGUGUUGGAACCUGAACAGAAUUAAAUGCAACAGAAUUUACUUCAUCACAUUGUAUUUUCCUGAAGUCUCAAAAGCAUCAUACUAAAAGCUCCACAGAGUCCCCGCACGGCCAGGAAACAUGAAAUGUCCGAGAUAACUGCCAAUUACCAUAGAAAUAUACAUUCAUGGUCUUACCAGCUCACACCCCUACUUCAGCCCAAUCAUGCACUAGACACUGCCUACGUGUAUUACUUUAUUGCGGAUCAUAUUAUCAUACUUUGCAUAAAUUCUAAAUGGCCUCCAACAGUCAAAAAAUAAUAAUUCCCAUAAACAUUGGCUAGAACAUUGAAUUAUUUU